CCAACACCUCGUGCAUCCAUAAGUGCAUAUUUCACACCUCGCAACAUUAUUUUUUCUUCCGCUUCGAGCGUGCAGUUGUCAACACAGUAACAGGGGCACAACUUCACCAAGGCCACCGCCUUUACUCUUUACCCCAGCUCAUAAUGGACACUUCCAUGCCUUUCUUGGGGGAGCCUUGCACUCCGAAGAGUGGAAAACCUAAAGGAAAAUUGGACACCAUGCCAAAUUCUCGGCCAACACCGACACGGAGCCGCAAACGCUACGAUCCGCAAAGAAGACUCGAGGUUGCCGAAACUCGAAGGAAUGGUGCGUGUGCAAGAUGUCGAGAGAAGAAAGUCAGGUGCUCUCCUGCUCAACACAAAUCAUCCCCUGGCGGAAGUCCUCAAACAACGACAGACACCCCGUCGAAUACGUCGAGAAGUCCACAAAAAGAUGGCUUGACGUGCAUGAACAAUGGAAGUAAUGGCAAGGAGUCUGCGGCGAACGAUAUCACGGCAGUCGAGGGUUGCGUUCAAGCUGCCAGGGAAUAUUUGAAGUUGGCCCAGAGCCAUGUUCAAGAAUUCACACGCUUUGUCGAGGCUUGGGAGUCUUCUCAGAAACAGUUCUCUGAAAGCCAGUCUCCUGAUACUGCAGUCACAAUAUCAGAAACGAGAAGCUUCACCAUGCCGGGUGGAUCUCCUCAAAUUUCCAAAAGCUCAUCGACCAAUGCGAAUGACAUUUUUGCCUUCGACUCCAAUACAAAUCAAACGCAAGAAAUCCACAAAUUUUUGUCGGAUCUUGGCACGAACACAUAUAUCUACAAGGAUCAAGAGCUUGUACCUCCGACUUCCAUGAACUCAACAGGCCGCGCAAAGACAACGCUCGCUCCCAAAGAUAGCAAUAGACCUCUACGCCCAAAGUCCGAUCCGAUCGAGAAAACGGCUCCUCGUAUGCCCAAGAGAAACUCCCCGAGGCCUGCAAUAAGGGGUUGGAGACCAAGUUUGAGGGGAGAGAAUGAACCAUGGGUUGCAUGUGCUCCACUGGACACAUCAGAAUUUCCUCAACAAACUAGGACAUCCAGCCUGCCAGAAGGGACAUUCAUUCAAAGGAAGUUUCAGUCGAAAACAUCAGGACAGACACUCUCGACAGGUUACUCCCCUUCUACUCUUUCAAAGAGUAGCAACCAUUCAAGUUCCACAAUCGAAGAAACAUUUCCUAGGUCCGGAGGCGCCGACCCGCCGAGCAUGCUUGUCCCAAUCGAGAGCACUUCCUUUGGUCAUAAGUCAAGUACUCAGUGUGCGGGGCAGCUAUCCGAAGGCUUCCAACUUCAAGCUUUGAAUGAAAACUUCAAUUUGUACGGCAACGCAAUGGGAAGCGGGUUCAACUUUGCACUCUGCUUUGAUCAGGAACUACCCCAAGACCUGGAUGAUCCUUUCGUAUCAUCAUUCAUGACAGGCCACUCAUCAUUUAUUACUUCAGAGCCCCUUUUUGUUGAGGCUCCCUCGGAAUAUGUGCCCACAGCGCGGGAAGCUACCAGAGAGCACCCCCAAGCGCAAGGUUCCAUUUCAAAUAUGCACAUUGACUCUUUCCUCAAGGACAUGUGCUUGCAAACACCGCCACAGAGUAUCGUACCAAGCUUAGAUAUCGCGCCAUGGAGUAUCACUUCUCAAGAUAUGGCUCUGCUCACACCUCAGGGCGCGCAGUACACUCCAACGAGAAGGGUGUCGGGACGGUUGAUGGGAUCAAGCAUGUUUGAAGGACAGAAUAAGGAACUGGACAUUGAUUGGUCUUCCGAGGACACCAAUUAAUGCGACGCGUUUUCGACUUGAGAGAGCUUUUCUUAGCCUAUUUGUAUUCUGUAACUGAUUAAG